UUUUGGCAGCAUGGAGAGGAAGUGCUGAAAGGAAAGUGGAGCAGGAAGGGGAAGCUUUCUGGGAGAAGCCAGAGCUUUUGUCGCAAUAUAAGAAAGAAACGUACCUUGAAGCAAGGCUGCUCUCAUCAAGAGCCAAAGCAAAGCCCUGGCUGGUUAAGAGCUAUGGAGUUGCAGCAUCAGAAGUAUUACCCCUGCCUGCUGCCUGUUGUUUCAGAGGCCUGUGAGAAUGCUGUGCAACACAGGUUUAACUGGAGCGAGCUGAUCCCCCCACGGCUGUGGGGCCGGAACCUGGGCCUCCAGGCGGAGACCUCGGAGUUCCUCCUGGAGGGCAUGCCCUUUCGCAUAUUUGGGGGCUCUGUGCACUAUUUCCGAGUCCCCAAGGAAUACUGGCAAGACCGCCUCGUCAAGAUGAAGGCAUGCGGCUUGAACACCCUCACCACGUAUGUACCCUGGAACCUCCAUGAGCCAGCCAGAGGGAAGUUUGACUUCAGUGGAAACCUGGAUCUGGAGGCUUUCCUAACCAUGGCAGCUGAUGUUGGUCUGUGGGUGAUUCUGCGUCCAGGACCAUAUAUCUGCUCUGAAUGGGACCUUGGUGGCCUACCCAGUUGGCUUCUGCAAGACCCCAACAUGCAACUGAGGACAACCUACAAGGGCUUCACAGAGGCUGUGGAUGCCUAUUUUGACCACCUAAUGGCCAGGGUGGUCCCUCACCAGUAUAAGAAGGGGGGCCCCAUCAUUGCGCUGCAGGUGGAGAAUGAAUAUGGCUCCUACGCCAAAGACCAUCACUACCUAACCUACAUUAAAAUGGCCAUGCUAAACCGAGGAAUCGUGGAACUGUUAAUGACAUCUGACAACAAGCAUGGGCUUUCCUCUGGCAUCGUGGAAGGAGCUCUGGCCACUGUUAACUUCCAGAAACUUGAGCGGGACCUCCUGACCUCCUUGGACACAAUACAGAAAAAUAAGCCAAAGAUGGUGAUGGAGUUUUGGACUGGCUGGUUUGAUAGCUGGGGAGGCCCUCAUAAUAUCUUUGAUGCAGAUGAGAUGGUGAUUACUAUAGGAAACAUCCUCAAAACGGGAGCAUCUAUCAACCUGUACAUGUUCCAUGGGGGCACCAACUUCGGCUUCAUGAAUGGUGCAGUGCAUUUUGAGGAGUACAAGCCUGACAUCACCAGCUAUGACUACGAUGCAGUGCUCGCAGAGGCUGGAGACUACACAUCUAAGUACUUCAAGCUCCGUCAACUCUUCAGCACCAUCACAGGGCAGCCUCUGCCCCUCCCUCCACUGGUUGCAAACAAGGCAUCCUAUGGCACAGUCAUGCUGCAUCAGUGUAUCUCUCUGUGGGAGGCACUGCCAUCUAUCCCAGAGCCUGUUAAAUCAGAGUUCCCGGUCAACAUGGAGAACCUGCAAGUGAAUGAUGGUAAUGGGCAGUCCUAUGGGUACGUGCUCUACGAGACUGUCAUCUCUGGCGGAGGGCAGCUGAACUCGGGGGACCACAUCCGGGACCGAGCCCAGGUGUUUGUUAACACUUUGUUUAUUGGGUAUCUUGAUUACAACACAGUGGAGCUGACCAUCCCUGAAGGACAGGGGUUCAGGCAGCUCAGGAUCCUGGUAGAGAAUUGCGGACGUGUCAAUUAUGGACCUUUGCUGAACGAGCAGCGGAAAGGCUUAAUUGGUGACGUCUUCCUGGAUAAAACCCCCUUGAGGAACUUCAAGAUUUACAGUCUGGAGAUGAAGCCCAGCUUCAUAGAAAGCCUGCGAAGUGCUGCUGGCUGGAGCGCAAUCCCGGAUUAUAGUGUGGGGCCCACAUUCUUCCGAGGGAGACUGACUGUGCAGCAGCUGCCUCAGGACACUUUCUUGAAGCUUGAGGGCUGGGAAAAAGGGGUCGUGUUUGUCAACGGGCGGAACCUGGGACGCUACUGGAAAAUUGGACCUCAGGAAACGCUGUACCUUCCUGCGACAUGGCUAUGGCCAGGGAAUAAUGAGAUUGUCGUGUUUGAAGAGCACACAGCGGGCCGCAUUGUGCAGUCUGUAGACACGCCUUUCCUCGGAAGGACCCAGUACGUGGACUGAGCAGGAGGGCUCCCUUCUGUUCUGUUUUUGUGGAUGUUCCCAGUUUUUUAUAUCCAGGAUGUGACAGCUCAGACACAGUCGGGCUUGUUCAUUUUCCCUAGACCCACGGAAAGGAUUUGCUCUUUGGCAACGAGGUUGGGAGGCAGAUUGCACACCCAGGGAGUCAAAUCCAUCAGAGAGGCGGAAGCUCCUGUAGCUACACUGUGAAGAGUUCAACAUGCCAGACGGCCCCCAGCUGGGAUCCCUGUCUGUGGUGUUAUGGACAAUCCUGUCGAGGAGAGUGGGCGGGUGGGUCCCGCCUGCAUGUAGGAUGAGCCCAGCUGUUCUGAGCCUCUGUGUGUUACACUGGGGCACCUCCAUUUUUGUGAUUAGAAGGGAAGAAAAAUUGGUGAUAAGUACUAAAGAAUAACCAGGUAUGGAAAACGCUAGCUGGGUGAGCUCUUGAGCAGAACUGAUCCCACUGUUGUGUGUAGAGAGGGUUUUAUUGGUUCAGUUGUUGGAAGCAGGUUGAAUGUAACUGAGUUAACUUUUAGCUUUUUCCAUUAAUUUUUAAUAUUGAGGUUGUCUCUCUCUUUUGUGGGGGGGGGGAAAAAAAAAUUUGUAACAAGU